GUGAGUUACGUGUUCCCAGGAGUAACGGUGCCAGCGAGCUCAGGGAGAUAAAGGCCAUCGAGUCGGGGCGACUGCGAGCCCCGCAGGUGCGAUGUCGGAACAGGAGCGCGUUCAGGAAUGCCUGAGGAAGGAAGUAAGGUCGCUUCUCAUUUCCGCCAAAGACGGGCUGAGCCCGCAGCAGCUGGAGAGGGAGUACCUGCUGAUGGUCGGCAGCCCCCUGCCGCUGCGCGUGCUCGGGUACCGCUCCGCCAUGGAGCUGGCGUUGGACAUGCCCGACGUGGUCCGCGUCUGCCCCCGCGGGGACGGGGCCGUCGUGCUGAAAGCCAUUCCAGAUGAAUCCACCAAAGGAAUAGCAAGUUUAGUUGCAAAACAGAGGAGCAGCCAUAAGGUUCGAAGCUCCGUGCAGAAGGGAAGGGCCAGCGUGUGCUCCGGGGCAAGCUCCGGUCUGCGAGUACCUUACCGAGGAAGGGUUCCCCCUAUUCUUCCCGCUUUUGUGAAGAGUGAGUUGAAAGACCUGUUGGCGUUAUCUCCUGUUCUCCUUUCUGAUUUUGAAAAGGCGUUUGCCAAGCGAUUUGGACGGUCAUUCCAAUAUGCGCAAUAUGGAUUCCUCUCUCUGUUUGAAGUGCUGAAUGCAGCUUCGGAUAUCAUUUCUGUAGAGCAGACCAGAGCAGGUUCUCUGUUGACACUAAAGAAGAGUGUACUAGAGGACAAGCAGAGAGGAUGGUCAGCAGGUAAAAUUUUUACCCAACCACUUAGAAUGAGACAAGGGUCAUACUCCACAGGCUCCCCGGUAGCAAAGGCACGCUUUUCACAGCCCACUUCAAACGUGGAACCACCGAAGCAAAUACUGAACAUGGAAAAGACUUCCAAGUUAAAUGUAGUGGAGACUUCAAGACUGAAUCACACUGAAAAAUUAAACCAGUUGGAGAAUACAUUCAAAUCAGUUAUUGCACAAAUUGGACCUGGAGGAACUAUCAGUCCAGAACUAAAGCAUAAGAUAAAAUUUGUUGUAUCUAAGUUUCCAGAGGGUUUGUUUAUUUCUAAACUGCUUAGAGAGUUUGAGGUAAUUUUUCAAGAGCAGCUUUCACCAAAAAAAUUGGGCUUCUUAAAUGUGACAGAACUUGUUGGGGCUCUUAGUGACAUUCUCCACGUUGAAUUCAGGGAAGGAGAACAAGAAUUAAUAGUGUUCGAUGCUGAUAUGAAGCCUCUACGACCUGUUCAAUCAGAUAAGAAAAUAGAAGCCAAAGCUUACGUCUCCAGUCCCCCUAGAAAUUCACUGUCUACUGCUGCUAUCAAGGAGACUUCAUGGGAUUUCCCUUCAAAAAACCAUAAAGAGCCACAACAGAAGAUUUGCAAGAAGCCGAAUCUGGUGGUGAAGCCUUUGCAGCUGCAACUAGAAAUAGAUAAAUCACAGCUCAACCUGCCGAUGGCAAACCAUGAUAUCCCACCAGAUGCUGUGCGGGACAAGAAAUUACGCAGACUCCCACCAUUAAAUACCAGUACCCUUGUAGGGGUCUUUGUGGAGUAUAUCAUCUCUCCUAGUCAAUUCUACAUCCGUAUCUAUAGCAGGGAUUCAUCAGAGUUACUCGAAGACAUGAUGAUCGAAAUGCGGCGCUGUUAUUCUAAUCAGCUGGUUUCUGAUCGCUAUGUCAUGCCCGAAUAUUUUAUCCAACCGGGACAUCUCUGUUGUGUAAGGAUUUCGGAGGAUAAGUGGUGGUAUCGGGUCAUUAUCCAUCGAGUCCUUGGGAAACAGGAAGUUGAAGUGUUCUACCCAGAUUUUGGAAAUAUUGGAACUGUUCAGAAGUCCUCUCUGAGGUUCCUCAAGUGCUGCUACACAAAGCUUCCAGCUCAGGCUAUCCCUUGUUCUUUGGCUUGGGUGAGACCAGUAGAGGAACACUGGACAUGCAGAGCUAUUUUUCAGUUCCAGAAGUUGUGUGGUUUGAAGCCUUUAGUGGGGGUAGUGGAUGAAUAUGUAGAUGGAAUCCUUAAUAUUUUUCUUUGUGAUACAUCCUCACAUGAAGACAUCUAUUUCCAUCAUGUCUUGAGAACAGAGGGCCAUGCUAUUGUAUGCCGAGAAAAUGUCCCUUCUAAGGGUUUCAGAGAACUCAAUCCUUUAGCUUUAUACACUAAGUCCAGUGGAGGGCCAGAGGACAUUGUUUUGACAGAACUGGGUUGUCCUUCCCAGCAGCACUAUUUUAACGAAGACCGAAAGAUAAGUCCACAAUCAAAAGAGAGUGAGUUACAUACCUUGGAUGAUAUCCCCUCUGGAAUGCCAUGCCUGGAGUCAGUGACCAUAGGUGAUGAUAUUUGGGAUGAGAACUGGUUACCUCUGCAGGCUAAGAUGGGAAACAGAGAUGAUGCUGCCUCGCAUCUAUUUACCUCAAGGCUUGGUGGAAAGAAACAGUAUCCAUCAUGUGAAGAAAUGCCACAGAAGGAUUGGGGUUUUUCUACAUCCGAAGAUAUAUGGGAUGAUUCAUGGCAGCCUUCAGGCCCUGUGAAUGGGACGAAAGUAGAAUUUCAAAAACCAGAAGAACUGGGUUCUCAGGAAAAAAAUACUGGCGCAACCGGGAUUCAAAAGCAGCCAAACUCAGAGGGUUCUUCGGAUUCUGCCACGCUGCCCAGACUGGAAGAAUUCUGCAUCCCUCUCAUCCAGUCACAGCAGUCGGCAGAAGGGGGCCAGUUUGAACCUGACAACAUUCAGACUCAGCCAAAUCAAAUUCAGCUGUCCACAGCAGCCCGAGAUUCAACUCCUGUAGCGGUUGAUCCCCCAGAAAGACAGUCUGUUUCUGUGGAAAGCUCUCCAGGGAGCCUGAAGAAUGAAGAAUUUUCUAGUAGCCACACGGUCACAGUGGUCAAAGACAAGAGUCAAGGAGCCAUGGACCAGCUCUCUUUGAUCUUGUCUCCUGAACACCAGAUCUCCCAGAAGCUCUACAUCCCUCGCAGUACAGCCACUGCUGCCUUAGGGGCCGCGGCGCGGCUGGCCAUGUCCAGGAGCCUCUUGCACUGGUACCCCAGCGUGAAAAGGACGGAGGCCUGAGGGAGGAAGGGAGAAAAAACAAACCAGCUGCUUGGGGCUUGGUGAGCCCCCCAGGCCAAAAUGAGGUAUCGAAGCAAAAAUAGUAUUUGAUAGUUGAGGUUUUGUCUUUCUGUGUGAUUAUAUGUUCGCUUUAUUAUGCUAACAGUCUAUUUUGAUGUGUAAGUAUUGAUAUUUAAUGUUCAUUUCAUUUUGCUUUUAUUCUGUAUAGUUUUGUUCGCCUUUGUUUUCAGUGUAGUUUAAAGGAGUUUUUGCUUUUUGUUUCUGUGCAUGUUUUUCUUGUACAUAUCAUGACUUAUAAAUGAAAAUU